AUGGAUGGAGAGGAUAGAGAUAGUGACAUUUUAGAUAAGGAGAAGAUAAAUUUUACAAAGGGUAGCAAAGAUCAGUUCAAGUAUUAUCCUGACACUCCAACAAGGGAAAAGCUAGAAAGAGCACUUCUUUUGAAGGACCCUACAAAAUUCUAUGAUCCAUGCGCUGAGUCGGCAAAAAUGGCAACGAGAUGUAUGGAAAGGCACGAUCAAGACUACAAGGAAGUUUGCUACGAAUUCUUUCAAGCAUACCGGGAGUGCAAGAAAGAUUGGCUCGAAAUGAAGAAAAGAUUAUAA